CAAUAGAUCUAGCCUCCGACGUGGCAUGGUGGGCGCUGCCACAUCUAGUAUUUUAGUAUCAUCCUCAUCCACUUGUUAACCUUUAGCGGGCGAAGGACACAUGUCCUUAGCUUCCUCGAGAAAAUGCCUGCGUUUUCACUGGCACUGUGAGGUGAUUUUAUAUUUCUUCCUUCUUUGCUUCUAGGGCUUUGUUUCUGGGAGCGAGAGCGAGAGAGGCGAGAGGCGAUGGCUGGAGCGCCUGGCGAUGUCGCCGAGCUUCCUCCGCGCCUGGCGAUCAUGCUGUUUAGGAAUCGAGUCCUGCUCCCCGGAGCUGUGGUGCGCAUCCGAUGCACGUCGCCGACCAACGUUAGGCUGGUCGAGCAGGAGCUGUGGCAGAAGGAAGACAGGGGAUUGAUUGGAGUUUUGCCUGUCAGGGAUUUGCAGCAGUCCGAUCCGACGUCUCCGCCUCCGCCGCCACAGCAGCAGCAGCCUCCCCCGACUCAAGGCGAUCGAGGUGGAACUGCGCUUCCAGAUUUCCAGCAGUGCCUGGGAAAGCAAAAUCAAGAGCUCGUGCAAUGGCAUCCCCGGGGUGUAGCAGCCCGAGCUUUGCAUCUCUCUCGUGGCAUGGAAAAACCAAGUGGUCGGGUUACGUACACCGUCGUUUUAGAAGGCUGGUGUAGGUUCAGUCUCAAGGACAUGAAUGCUCGGGGAUCAUACAACACAGCUCGCAUUGGUCAGCUCGAUAUGACGAAAGCAGAGAUGGAGCAGGCGGAAAAAGAUCCAGAGGUGCAACUUCUGGGACGACAGUUUAAAGUUGUUGCUAGCGAAUUGAUCUCUGCUUUGGAGCAGAAGCAAAGAACUGUGGGCCGCACGAAAAUAUUACUCGAGACAACCUCUGCCCACAGGCUUGCGGACAUCUUUGUUGCAAAUUUUGAGAACAACUUUGAAGACCGGCUAGCUAUGCUAGACGCCGUCGACUUAAAACAGCGACUUGUCAAAGCGACUGAAAUCAUAACGCGCCAUCUUCAGACAAUCAAGGUAGCCGAAAAGAUAUCCCAGAAAGUGGAAGGAAAUCUCUCGAAGUCUCAAAAAGAGUUUCUUUUACGUCAACAAAUGAAAGCGAUCAAAGAGGAGCUCGGUGAUAACGAUGAGGACGAAGAUGAUGUGGUUGCUUUGGAGAAAAAGAUGCAGAAUGUGGGAAUGCCGGCAAACGUAUGGAAGCACACACAGAGAGAGCUGAGGAGGUUGAGGAAAAUGCAGCCUCAACAGCCAGGUUAUGGAAGCUCAAGAGCUUAUUUGGAACUCCUUGCUGAAUUACCAUGGCAGAUAAGUAGCGAAGAACGUGAACUAGAUCUUGUUGCAGCAAAGGAACGGUUGGAUAGCGAGCAUUAUGGGCUGGGAAAAGUCAAGAAGCGGAUUAUUGAGUAUUUGGCUGUACGAAAAUUAAAACCCGACGCGAGGGGUCCUGUCCUCUGCUUCGUAGGUCCUCCGGGUGUAGGAAAAACAUCCUUGGCGUCUUCAAUUGCUGGAGCUUUGGGAAGACUUUUUAUCCGCAUUUCAUUGGGUGGAGUGAAGGAUGAAGCAGACAUACGAGGUCAUCGUAGAACAUAUAUAGGAAGCAUGCCGGGUCGACUGAUCGAAGGCAUUAAGCGAGUGGGAGUCAACAAUCCGGUCAUGCUUCUGGACGAGAUUGAUAAAACAGGUACGGAUGUCCGUGGUGAUCCGGCAUCUGCUUUACUGGAGGUCUUAGAUCCGGAGCAGAAUAGGACGUUCAAUGAUCAUUACCUCAACGUUCCAUUUGACUUAUCCAAAGUGGUUUUUGUUGCCACGGCCAAUAGGAUUCAACCAAUUUCACCGCCUUUGCUUGAUCGCAUGGAAGUGAUUGAGCUACCUGGAUACACUUCUGAAGAAAAGCUGUGUAUAGCUAUGCGACAUCUCAUUCCUAGAGUUUUUGAUCAACAUGGCAUUACUGUGCAGCAUUUAAAAAUUCCAGAGGCAAUGGUGGAGCUUAUUAUUCAGCGUUAUACUCGUGAAGCUGGAGUUCGUAAUCUAGAAAGGCAUUUGGCAGCCCUUGCAAGAGCUGCGGCUGUCAAAGUUGCAGAAAGAGAGCAUUCCAUUCACGUUGCUCGAGAAGUUCAAGCUGAAACAACAACUACUACAGUUGUAGAAGGUGGAGAGGUCGCGGACGGGGAAAUAGAUAUGGAAGUCGAGGCCAUGGGAGUGCAUGGCCGUGACUUGGCUAACGCGAUUGCUGGGGUGGAGCCAUGGCAUGUGGACGAGGCGAUGGUUGAAACAGUCCUUGGUCCACCUAAGUUUGAUGGCAAAGAAGCGGCUGAAAGAGUGUCCACUCCCGGUGUGGCCGUGGGCCUUGUCUGGACGGCCGUUGGUGGUGAAGUUCAAUUUGUCGAGGCCACGGCCAUGACAGGGAAGGGAGAUCUUCAUCUCACAGGCCAGCUGGGAGAUGUUAUCAAAGAAUCUGCUCAGAUUGCUCUCACAUGGGUGAGAGCACGAGCUGCCGAGUUGAAGCUUGCAACUGGCGCGGGAAGAGGUUUAAUGGAUAGUCGAGAUAUUCAUAUCCACUUUCCAGCAGGUGCUGUGCCGAAGGACGGGCCCUCCGCCGGUGUUACGCUUGUUACGGCCUUGGUGUCUUUGCUAGGGAAGAGAUGCGUUCGUGCUGACACCGCAAUGACUGGUGAAAUGACACUACGUGGUCUUGUGUUGCCAGUGGGAGGAGUGAAGGACAAGAUAUUAGCUGCUCAUAGGUUCGGCAUCAAACGUGUGAUACUCCCGGAGAGGAACUUCAAAGACUUGCAAGAGGUUCCAGCAAACAUACUCGCCAACGUAGAGAUUUUAUUGGCAAGGAGAAUGGAAGACGUUCUGCAUGAAGCCUUCGAAGGUGGUUGUCCGUGGAGAAUCCAGGCACGGAUGUAGUGUAAGAUUAUCGUUAUGUAUUACACUGACAUUAGUUUCUCUCGAGACUGUUUGUAAUCUAUUUCAGCUAAAGGUGUGAAUAUUUGCCAGCAGCACAUAGCCAGCGGCAUUGUC